AUGUUCCCCGGAGGCUCUGGCUCACAGGAACCCUUUUCUUCCAGCAGGUAUCAAUCAAAUCCACCAAAACUCACGGACUCGCAAUCCAACGUUCGGCCUUUGUGUCCACUGAUCCAGUCGGUGGAGACUUCGGACUUUUCAGAAGGCAUUCUUCCUGGACCUGACUCUCACUGGCCCAUUCACCCCAUUCAGAGUUCUAUUUCUUCUGUGCAAGGCGGUGCACAAUCAACACAAGAAUUUGCACUGGCGCUUUCCUCACAUCACUCCACGAAGCUGGACACCACGGAUCAGCCUCACAAUCUGACAGGAUCGAACUAUUCACCCACGGGGUCAAUACCCCUGUCUUCUAUCGAGGACACAACUGCCAUUAAGGAAGAGAUUGAUUCGGAAGAUUCACGCGGCCUUGGCAUCUCAUCAUAUCCCAUGUCAGUAGCAUCAGACACUUAUUUUGCUGGCCCAAUGCAGCAGAACACUCAUCAAUAUGCGUGGACAAACCGGCCUUAUCAGCCUUUGCAGCCGCCAUCAGGACAAAUGAGUCCGUCAUUUCCACCUUCACAUCCCUUAUACUCUUCGUCGAGCUAUCCAAUGGGCUAUCCCGGCCAUACAAACGUGCCAAUGCAUGGAUACCAACCGCAAGAAUCUCAAUUACCGGCUUCUUAUCUCGCAGGACCUGGCAAUCCUCCCCGUCACAGCCAGGCUCGAAGUCCGCCUAUCGCCCGUCCCUUCCACCCUCAAUCUGCUUCGAGCACUCCUCAGCCCGGGCAGCCUCUCAUGACAUCUCCUCCUUAUAUGAUAAACCAACCUGCCUACUACUUUCCCGACACAUCAUCCAUCCCAUCACACCCUGCCUCCACCAGCUCUCACCCACCAUCGACAGCUGCUCCCGAGCCAAUUUAUUCUUCACCAGAAUCAGCUGCUGCUACAGACUCUGACCAUCCAAUCCGAGUGCUUAGCUUACGCCCGCGACCGCAGUGCUGGGACCAUGGCUGCAAUGGUCGUGAGUUCUCAACAUUUAGCAAUCUCCUCCGCCAUCAACGAGAAAAGUCGGGAGUGGUAGCAAAGGCUGAAUGCCCAAUAUGCGGCGCGGUAUUUACACGUACAACCGCACGCAAUAUCCAUGUUGCGCAGGGCAAGUGUAAAAGCUCAGGCAGGGAAUCAUCCGCUGAGUAG